AUGCAGCUCGAGAAUUGCAUCUUGCCAGCUAGUGUGCUCUCCAAGAAAUGUCUGAAUGUGGGCAGUGGCUAUCCAAGCUCCGAUGGAUCUGAGCUUGCCUUGCAGGACCAUACAAUUAUAUCUGCUAGUGACAACCUGGAGAGAAGUUCACCUCUGAAAAAAAAAUCCAUGGGGAUGACGAAUCAGUCAGAGGCAGACAAUUUUUCCGAUUCCAAGGACGCAUCAGGGGACGUCCAGAGAGGAAAACUCUCUCCUGAUCUCCACGGAGUCUCUGAAAUUCGUCAUCAUUUCGAUGGAUCUUCAGGAGAAAGGUAUAUCCUUUCUCAGUCUAGCCAACCACAGUCAGUCUCAGCAACUCCAAGUGCCAUGUUCCCCUAUCCGAGUCAACAUGGACCAGCUCACCCGGCUUUUUCUAUUGGGAGUCCGAGUCGUUAUAUGGCCCACCAUCCAGUCAUCACUAAUGGAGCGUAUAACAGUCUUCUGACCAACAGUUCUCCGCAAGGCUACCCAACCGCGGGUUACCCAUACGCGCAACAGUAUGGACACACUUAUCAAGGAGCGGCGUUCUACCAGUUUUCCUCCGCGCAAGCUGGGCUGGUGCCUGGGAAAGCGCAGGUAUAUCUGUGCAACAGGGCCCUGUGGCUGAAGUUUCAUAGACAUCAAACAGAGAUGAUAAUCACUAAACAAGGACGGUAGGUAUCCCUCUCCAGUUACAUUCACUUCACCACAAGUUUGGAGGCAAAGAUUGUGAAAAUAGCCUAAUACGCAUGAUUUCGUUUUUUUGGGGGGGAUAUGGAAGGUCAUUGCAAUUGUAAUUCGUUCAAUAUAUUGCCUAUAUUCUCAAUAUAAUUGAACAUGUUCAACUGACUAUAUUUUUCUUGGAUUGUUUCACAAAUACUUUCACAAUUUGAUAGAUCACCAAAAGUGUUGGUCUGCUAUGCAUGACACAUCGCCUGAUAUUACCACAUCAGCGCACAACAUUUUUAUUUGUUAUUAUUACAGACGGAUGUUCCCCUUUUUGAGUUUCAACAUUUCUGGUCUCGACCCGACGGCGCACUACAAUAUAUUUGUGGAUGUUAUUCUUGCUGAUCCAAAUCACUGGCGAUUCCAAGGUGGCAAGUGGGUACCAUGUGGCAAAGCGGAUACAAAUGUGACAGGUACGUUCCUGCCUACAUCUCUGUGAAAUAUACAGUGAGGAUAAUGGUUGAUAAUUAAGAUAAGAAUAUAGCCUUUUUUUUUUUUUUUUUUACGUAGGCCUUGAUUCUGCAAUGCCAAGCUAACACGCAACAUUGACCUAAUACAAUCAAACAAAUAUAUAAUAUAAUAUAAUUGAAAAUCUAUAUUUGUAUGAUAUUUUCUAAUAGCAGUGCAUUUCAAUGUAUUUAAUGUCUUUAUUUUCCACAGGAAACAGGGUGUAUAUGCACCCUGACUCUCCAAACACCGGGGCGCACUGGAUGCGCCAAGAAAUCUCCUUUGGAAAGCUGAAGUUAACGAACAACAAAGGAGGUUCAAACAACCCGGGACAGGUCAGCUACGACCUUUUAAUUUUAGAUACAGGCUAUAAAACAAAACGUUAACUAGUAUGACCAGAAACGUUCAAAGACCAUCAAUUAACUAUUGAGUAAGGAGAGUUUGUUGUGCUCACACCUGCAUUUACACAAUAGUUAGCUUAUUAUGUUUCCCCCAAUAAUUCAUCAUAAUCUAAAGUCUAAAUAACAAUUUUUAUAAAAUGGUCUUCAGUGUUGGUCCUUUAGCCUACAUCAAGAAAAUACCAUGGCUUAUUGGCUCCAAUUUUAAGUUCGAAAUUGACCGUGGUCAUUUAUGGAAUCUCUUCCUUACUUGUACCUCCAGAUGGUGGUUCUACAAUCCCUUCACAAGUACCAGCCCAGGCUCCAUGUAGUGGAAGUCAACGAAGAUGGAACCGAGGACUCCAGCCAACCUGGAAGAGUACAGACGUUCACCUUCCCAGAAACACAGUUCAUCGCAGUCACAGCUUACCAGAAUACCGAUGUAAGAAAAUCUUAUUGAAAAAUCUUAUUGAAAAUCUUAUUGAAAAUCGUAUUGACGAUCAUUCCAUUCGUUAAGUAUUAUAGUAUUGUUGCCUAUAUCAAAAAGCCACAUUUCGUUUGGUAUAUUAGGAUUUGGAACGGUAGAAAACAACAAGCACCUGUUAUUCCUUAAAAUCCGCCUCCUUUUUUCUGUGCAGAUUACGCAGCUAAAAAUCGACCACAAUCCAUUUGCUAAAGGAUUUCGGGACAACUAUGACACGUAAGACUAUUUGUCAUUUACUAUUUGUGCUUUUAUUCUUUGUGUUUAAUCCCGUUUGUUUUGCUUGGUUCUGCCUCUCCCCGAUUAUAAAUUAAAUUAAAUGAUAUAGGUCAAUUAAUUGGACAGAACCCAUUUGAUGCAAUUCAAAUGAUAGUUCCUUUUUAUGUAAAUGAAGUGUAGCCUAAUCAUACAUCAUUCUUUUUUGCUCAUGCUACAUUUUAAUUUAAAGACAUUUCAAUCGCAGGAAAACUUUUAACCAACAUUUCUAAUACAGCAAGUUUUUGGUUAUAUUGUGAGAAUGUUAGGCUUUUCGUUAGGCUAUUGUAAAUGAACAAAAUAGGCUAUUAAUGAGAAGCCAUAUAUAUAUAUAUAUAUAUAUAUAUAUAUAUAUAUAUAUAUAUAUAGCCAUAUAUGAUAUAGGCCUAUCAAGUUCUUGGAACGUGCGUUCAUUGGGAGCGAGGAUUGGUAUAUAGCCUAUGUUGUGUCCACGUUGGCUCUUCAAUAUCAAUCAUCUUAAAAUGUGAUCAGCAUCGAUAACUAAUUAGCCUAUCAAGGUUCACGUUUUCGUUUAAUUUUAAUGCGGACACAUUAAUACGCAUAGGCCUAAUUAUAAUUUGCAGUAGGCCUCAAGCAGUCCACCAUAAUAACCACAUUAUGGUUACUUUUUUUAUCAGGCCACUUGGUUAGAUGAUAAUCUUUAUUUGAUGAUGUCCCCAAAAAAACUUUGGUCGGCCUAGGCCUAGUUCCUUCUGCAUUUUUAUCAAAUUAGUAUUUGUGAAAGUUUGUUCCAUUCUUUCACAUUGGCAGUGACGGAUAUUUCUCAUGAUUCAUAGUUUGUUUGUAUGUUUCUCCCUCAUCUUUUCAGUGUCUACACAGGUUGCGACAUUGACCGGUUAACGCCAUCACCGGGUGACUCGCCUCGCUCUCAGAUCAUGCCUGGUGCGAGAUAUGCCAUGGCUGGUUCUUUCCUACAGGACCAAUUUGUCAGCAGUUAUGCCAAAUCUCGCUUUCACCCUGGCGUAGGGACUGGUCCUGGCACGGACCGCAGCGUCCCACUUAGUAACAGCUUGCUAUCCCCGCAGCAAACCGAAGAGCCCACAGUUGCAUCCCCGCAGCGAUGGUUUGUCACCCCUGCCAAUAACCGACUGGACUUUGCCGCCUCGGCAUACGAUGCCGCCGCGGCUGCUGAUUUUGCCGGUAACGCGGCCACCCUGCUGUCAUAUGCAGCGGCUGGAGUAAAGGCACUUCCCCUGCCCACUGCAGGGUGCUCAAGCAGACCUCUAGGUUACUAUACCGACCCAUCCGGCUGGGGGACACGCACACCACCCCAGUACUGCAGUAAGUCUAGCCCUGUUCUCUCUUGCUGGCCCACAAAUUCUGUUGGUGGCAGAACAGGCACCUCCAACUACCUGGUUGAUGACGCCGACACCAUCCCAACAGAAAGGUCACCCAUCGGAGGGUCUGAGGAGGCAAAACCAAAAGACUUAUCCGAAUCCAGCUGGAUAGAGACGCCGUCUUCAAUCAAGUCGAUUGAUUCAAGUGAUUCUGGCAUCUUUGAGCAAGCCAAACGGAGAAGAAUUUCACCGUCUGCCACACCGGUUUCGGAAACCCCGUUGAAAUCUGAGAUGUUGGCUCCAAGAGAGUGUGAGAAAAAUUGCGCCAAGGACAUUGGUUACUAUAGUUUUUAUCCACACAGUUAAACAACCACAAAUCUAGAAAAAACGCAUGACCCAUGUGUUCUUUUUAGAUCCAUCUAUCUUUAGCCUUUAUCCAACUGAUAAUAUCCUACGGAUAGGCCUAUCAGUUGCAAUGCACACCCUGUCUUGGACCAACAAUGACGAACGAUUUAAGAUGUUGGCUUGUAGCGCAUAGGCCUUCUUGGGAAAUUUAGGCGAGAUUCUUCCAUUUAACAGUAUUCGUUUGCUAUCUGAUAGGCCUUAAAUACAGUAGGCUAUUUAUUUAAUUUAAACGAUUUUUCAUCAACAGCAAUUGUCUAUUGUAAUUAUGAAAAUAAUGUAAAUAAUAUUUAACCCUUUAGUGAUACUGUGAAAUUAAUGUA